AUCGCGGUCGCAUGAUUAAACAUGUUUUGUUCGUCCGGUAUUUAAAAUAUGAUAAUAAAAGUUAUAUUCAUUGCGGAUAUUUAGAAACCCCCAGUUAUGUCUUUUGUAAGCAUGAGGAAGGAUCACACAUCGUCUUCUGAUAGUAGUGGUUUCGAAAAAAGUUUAAAAUUGCCAAGCAUUAAAGACUUUACCAUCAUCAAACCUAUCAGUAGAGGAGCUUUCGGUAAAGUCUUCUUAGGGCAUAAAAAAGACAAACCAAAUCAAAUUUUUGCUGUAAAGGUUAUGAAGAAAGAAGUCAUGGUUAAUAAAAACAUGAUUCAACAAGUUUUAACAGAAAGAGAUGCAUUAGCAGUCAGCAGAAGUCCAUUUGUUGUUCAACUUUUCUACUCAAUGCAGUCAAAGAAUAAUAUUUAUUUGGUGAUGGAGUAUAUGAUAGGUGGAGAUGUAAAAUCACUUCUCCAUAUUUAUGGGUAUUUUGAUGAAGACAUGGCUGUUUUUUACGCUGUUGAAGCUGCUCAUGCUUUAGAAUACUUACAUCAGCACAAUAUUGUUCAUAGAGAUUUGAAGCCUGAUAAUAUGCUGAUUUCUUCAACUGGACACAUAAAGCUGACUGAUUUUGGACUUUCUAAAAUAACUGUGAAGAAAUCCAUAAAGCUGGUGGACCUGAUUGGAUCUCCAUCUUGCCUCAACACUGAGUCAAAACAAUACCUACCCCAUCGUACUCCUGGCCAGUUAAUGUCCUUGACUUCUACAUUUGCAUUUCCAGUUAAAAGCAACAGUGUUCACAUUGCGAGUACAGCCAGUCCUUACUUUAAAGAAAAGGCGAAGAUAUUACCGGAAAAAAGGUGUUCUGCAUCUGAUGCACAGGAUCUCCAUUGUCUGAGGAAUUGUGGUGGCAUGAAUAAAAUAGACCAAAAUUCGUCAAUAUCAUUAGCAAUCACUCCGGAUAAAGCCUUUGCACCUAUUGAAAAUAAAAGAAAAUAUGGUUCAUCUUUCAGAAGAAAGUUGGGAAAAUGUGAUUCAUUUGACUCAAGCUCAAAUUCUAUCUCUACUCCUUAUUACCCAAAGAAAAAAAGAAAAAUUUUAUCUUCCAGAUCAACAAAAAACUUCCGUGAAAUUCGGUCAAGUUCUUUAACUUCUGGUAAUAGUUUGAAUACAAAAUUAAAAACAAGUUCCGUUAGUAGUGCCAAACAAGCUGCUAGUCUAAUAUUGAAUGCAUUGAAGUUACGUAAAAAGCGAAAAGUCUCAUUUAGCUCUGAGGAGGAACUAUAUCCUAAGCAACAAUGUACUCGACUCACAUCUGAGCUGUCUGAUUUGAGAUUUGACCAACUUUGUAAUGUUUCAACUGAAAAUUACAGUGGUUGCGCUUCUUUGUUGUUUUCUAGUGAUGCUAAAGACACAUCCGAGGGAAGCGUUUUCUUCAGUUCUCCUCGAAAUGUCCGAAUCAUUGAUGAAAAGAAGUCGGAUAGUUCUUUUACUUCAUUGCCGCCAAUAAAUUCUAGCCAUUUACAUUCAUCACUUACUGAAGAAAAGGAAAACUUGAAAAAAAAUGUUAACUUUUGCUUUGAAACUAGUUCUCAAACUACUCAUUCAUUGAAUGACAUUAGUUAUAUUUCUUUCAAAGAAAUAAGUGAUUGUAGCUCAAUUGUUUCUCAUCAAGAAUUUGGGAGGAAAAAUUUGAAGAAAGAACAGCGCUUGUCCUUAUGCACUCCAAACAAUAAAAAUGAUCAUAAAAUUCAUUCAACGCCUCUUAAUUUCUCUCACACUCCAUUUCGAACUCCUAAAAGUGUAAGACGAGGUCCAGAACCUGACUCAGAUCAGCGUAUACUGGGGACACCUGAUUACCUGGCACCAGAGCUACUUUUGCACAAAGAACAUGGUUUCCCAGUGGACUGGUGGGCUUUGGGAGUUUGCUUAUAUGAGUUUCUUACUGGUAUUCCACCAUUUAAUGAUGUGACUCCCGAAGCUGUGUUCAAUAAUAUUCUUAAAAGAGAUAUACCAUGGCCUGAAGAAGAUGAAGCUUUGUCUGAGAUGGCUAAAUCUGCUAUUGAAAUGCUGCUGACAUUUGAUGAUAAAACAAGGCCAGGAGCUAAAGAGUUAAAGGCUUCAGCUCUAUUUGAAAAUGUUGAAUGGGAAAAUAUCUUGCAAAUGAAGGCUCCAUUUAUACCUGUUCCUGACAGUCAGACUGACACAACGUAUUUUGAAGCUCGAAAUGAAAUGCAACACAUUCAAGUAUCUAGCUUUGAUUUAUAGUCAGGUACUUGAUGAAGAAAAAAAAAUAUAUGAUUAUGAAAGGCAGCUUUACACCUAGUAUGAAUGCAGAUUCUAGUCUAUGAAUCCUAAAGAAUCACCAAUUUUGUAUGAUAUUGAAUAUUCUUGUUGUGAAAUUCUUGAAAAUUCAUAUAUAUUCUUUCUGCAGUAUCUAGCUAGCACACUUUGCAAUGCAUCAAUAUUUGUAGUAAUAAUUUAUUAUGUGUGAUG